AUGUCGAAAGAACAUGAGUUAUUGCUUAAUGUGGUUGAGGACUUGUCUGGAAUAAAGUCAAUUGUCCCUCAACUACAAGCAACUUUCAACAUUUUGAUGACAAAAACACCCACCCAAGAGCGAUACCAAUACCUUUCAAACAUCAUGUCAUCGGAUGUUUCAGGCGAAGCAGCUAGCACGGUGGAGAAAGUACAAGCAUUGAUCCAAACUCCACAAACCAAGGUUUCAGUGCGAUUGAAAGAAUUACAUGACAUGGGGAAACUACCUUUGCUAACUGCAUUGUCAAAAAUUGGGUUCAAGCUGACACUACCAGAACAAGAACGAGAAUUGGGUGCAUUCUUGGAUAUUGUGCCUACAGAAGAAGAAAAUUCCGGUAAAAAAGCACUGUUUGAUCCUGAUGCUCCGAAGUUGUCAGUUGACUACUUUUCGUAUCCCCCAACUUUGCCAUUUAUAUCCGAUCAAUUGUUACUAAUAAGAGUAUCAACUGACAAGUCCUAUCGCCAACCAAGCGAUUUCAUUGAGCUGACGUCAGAAAAAUUUACAAACUCACACAAUGCAAAGUUGGCUCUACGAGGACAAGCUCAAAUGGAAUUGAUGUUGUUAGAUUUGUUGAAUGAAAAAUUUCCCAACUUGUUUGAGAAGGAUUUGUUAAUGAUUCGAGAUCGAUUCAUGUCUUCGGAGAUUUUGGCAAAAUUUGCAUUUGGCUAUAAUUUAGUCGAUGUGAUGAAGUACAAUUUAUCAGUUGAUGUUAAUGACGAAGCCAAGAUGGAGGCUUGUGCCAACAUCUUUUUAGCUUAUAUUGCUGGGUUGCAAGUGGAUGGGUAUGACUUCGAAGACAUCAAGUCGUGGUUGAAAGCAUUGUAUCAACCUUUGCUUUCUGACUCGUUUGCGUCGACAACGCCGGUUGCCAAGGUUGCUUUGAUUGAGUUUGAAUCAUUGCUCAAGCUGAUAACUAAUGUGAACCGAUACCCACAAAGUAUAGUGGAUUACGAGUUUCUCGAGGUGCAAACGGAUCCCUAUGUUGUUCAGCUUAUUGUGGGCCAACAUAGAGAGGUAUUUGGAGUUGGUAUGUCAAACACCAGUUACGACGAUGCUAAAGAUCGUGCUGUAAUGGACGUGAUGGAGGACCAGACAAAAAUUGUUCGCAUAUUUACCAUUAUUAAGCAUCAGUACAUUAAAAGCGGGAGUGGUGGCGAGAAUGAUUCGAGGUCAACGUUGGGAGAACUACCUAUGGAUGACAUUGUUUUUCCCAACUCAAACCGGGGCUCUGCACAAGUGAACUACAUUGCAGCAGCACCACAUUCAAGCAGGCUGCCCUCAGUUUCAAGCUCGCAACUAGCGGCACUGUAUAUCUCCGGCGGAACAAUUGAUAGUGUCUCUAAUCUAAUGGUAAAUGAAAUGUCGUCCCGCGAUCAAAGUCAAGCAAUGACAAGAUACAGCCAACAGAGCCCACCACCACAAGCUUCGUAUUCACAGAAGCAGCAGCAGCAACAACAGCGGAUGUAUGAACAAUCGCAAGGGUAUGGACAAGGAUACGGACAAUCGCGUGCAUUUGGACGAGUUUCACCACAAUGCACUUACACUCCAUUAAGCGAACGACAUAACCCGUACCAGUCAUCAGGAGGGUAUCCAUCUCUGAGCCACGGUCACCCAGAUUAUGAAGUUCCCUUGCUGCAUGAGACUAUUCCAUUAUCACAUCGUGACAUUGACAUGCAUGCACGAAGUGAUUUGUAUGCGAUGUUGGGGCCCUUGCAAUUGAAGCCAGAGUAUAAACUUACCCACGACGGGUCACAGUACUUUUCGUUAUGCACGUGUAAUGGGAUAGAUCUCGGUGCUGGUAUUGAUACCAGUAAACAAAAGGCUGCGCAAAAAUCAGCCAUGGCCGCAUUAAGCAAUCGAAGUGGCUUAAUCAGGCUCGGGGUAACUCCAAGGAACUAG